UAAAGCCGUAAUGACUAACGACGACGAACCUAUAAAAGAAUAUAUGACUUACGAACCAGUAAACGCAUCCAAGAGUGGUAAUAAAACGGGAAAGGAGAAAAGAAAUGUGUCUAUAGAGUGGAUGAUGAUAUUGUUAUGGAUCGAAGCUAUAAUCCGAAGGGCAGUAAUGUAA